AAAGCGCUGCCUGGCUCGGCUGUGCUUGCCCCCACAGCGGUGCCGGAGAGGAGAGUGAGUCCCUGGGGCAAGGACGUGCGGGGCUGAGGAGCUGCUCGAGCCUUUGUAGUCGUGCUUUGGUUAAACUGAUGCCAGUGAGUGCUCGAAGCGGAUACUGCAGGCUCUUUGGAAAGUGUGUUUGCUUAAUAAAAUGUGUGCAGCAGGUAUGAAGUAAAGUAAAAUCUGGUGUCAUUUUUAGAACACAUUGUAGAUGCUACCUUUCAUGCAAGAAUUCUGAAUUCCCUUAGAGAAAACUCUUAAACCUGUGUGCCUUAAUGAGUCAAGACAAGCUUCCUGGAUACAGUAAAGGUUAAUACAGUUAGAUGCAAACCAAAUAGAAGAUAUUACAAAGUCAUAUAAAUUGUUUUGCUACAAGUAGAGAGCCAAUAGCAGUUUUACUCAGGCUUUGUCACUGUAACAGAAGGACUGGCUGUAAGAUGGCGCUGCCUGGUUUUGCUGUUACUGUUUGGAUGUUUGUUUGCCUCUAUGCAUCUGUGGUUUGUUAUCCAAAUGGAAAAGUAAGAGGAGCCUGUACUAGCAUGGUACCUUGUCAUGGUAGCUCUCCUCAGCUGUCACCUGAACACACCAUUACAGUGAAUGGGACUGAAUUUAAACCAGGGGAUAACAUAGAAGUUCAUCUGUCUGGACCAGAUUUUGAGGGAUUUUUCAUACAAGCCCGGGAUGCAGAACACCUGGAUAGCCCUGCAGUUGGUUCUUUUGUGCUAGCUGACCGGAGACGUUCUCAGCUGCUCACAUGUGGUCGUACCAAGAAUUCAGCUGUCAGUCACACAAGUAAAGCAAAAAAGAACGACAUAAAAAUUUAUUGGAUUGCUCCUGAAGAUGCUCCAAAACAUGUACAGUUUCUAGCCACAGUUGUGAAGAAAUACAGGAUUUUCUGGGUAAAAAUUCCGGGUCCCAUUGUUUCUCAGCCUGACGUGCUGUCCCCAACACCACCUUUGCAUGCAACUUCUGCGGCUAUGUCAACUUCACACCCAGUUUCCUCCAUAUCAAAGCCAUUUAGUGCAUCAGGUUGUGGAAUUACAAAGUUCUGCAUUAGGAACCCUACAAACUGUGAUCCUGGGAGUGCUUCAUGUUUUUUUCUAUCCUUCCAACGAGAAGAGAGUUCAGUUUUUAUUGAAAUGAGUGGUCCAAGUGAAGGAUAUUUAGCAUUUGCAUUUUCCCAUGACCAGUGGAUGGGUGGUGAUGAUGCUUAUCUGUGUGUUAAUGUGGAUCACCGCAUUCACAUGAGCACUGCCCAUCUGAAGGAGCGAAUUCAUCCUCUCUUGGAUUCAGAGAAUGCCCUUGAAGAUGUGUCGUGGAGGCUUGCGGAUGGUAUUCUUCAAUGUUCUUUCAGGAGGAGGAUUCGUCUCCCUGCUUACAAAGGGAGAUUUAAUCUCGAUACCAGUUACUACAUCUUUCUGGCAGAUGGGGAAGCUAGUGAAGGUGGGCUGAUAUACAAACAUCAUCGUCAGCCCCUGGUCACCAAUGGACUGUACAACGUCACAGGCCUUCCUCGGGAUAUCGGAGGUUCCCGGGCCCCGCGGCUUAUCAAGGCUCAUGGAGCGCUAAUGUUUGUUGCUUGGAUUACCACAGUUAGUAUUGGUGUUAUUGUUGCACGAUUCUUCAAACCUGUCUGGUCUCAUUCAUUCCUACUUGGAAAGGAGUUGUGGUUUCAGGUGCAUCGUAUGCUUAUGUUGACCACAGUCAUGCUUACAAGCAUUUCUUUUGUGUUGCCUUUUGUGUACCGAGGAGGUUGGAGCCAACAAGCAGGUUUUCAUCCUUAUCUUGGCUGUGCAGUGAUGGCUUUGACAAUCUUUCAACCACUUAUGGCAGGCUUCAGACCAUCUCGUCACGCGCCAAGGAGGCAACUGUUUAACUGGUUUCACUGGAGUACUGGUACAACAGCUAGAAUAUUAGCUGUUGUGACUAUGUUCUUGGGAAUGGAUCUGCCAGCACUCAACCUGCCAGACCCGUGGGACACCUAUGCAAUGAUUGGCUUUGUAGCUUGGCAUGUUGGUACUGAUGUUCUUCUGGAAAUACACAGCUACUGUCUUGUUCGUAAAGUUGAAGUGAUAGAGGAUGACAGAGUACAGAUACUGCAGUCACUCACAUCUGCAGAAGCAGAGGGUCGUCUGUUUAAACAGAUUGUGUUAACCAUCUAUGUCUGUGGAAAUAUAGUAUUCCUUGUUGCCUUCCUGAUAGCAAUCAACCAAGUAUGAAAAAAGUAUUAGAGAAUUUUGUGACAAAAUACUGUGCAGUUGAACAAUCUGCAAGGAAUACUUUUUAUACAACUUUUUUCUCACCAUGGUCCUGAAGAUGUAAUUGAAGAAGAACAGCACAUGUAUGUCCUGCUCAGUGUUAGGGAGAUCUGGAAUUCAAAUCUAGAGAGAAAUCCUGCAGUCCUACAAAAGCUGUCUUCUGAUGGGACUUUUAAUGGGAACCUUUGCUUGAGUAAGGAAUUAAAUCUCUAUUUUUUAAGCACACUAGUUUACUUGAUUGAAGCUUAUAGGUGGAAGGAAGGCUGAGAAGAUGUGCCAAAAAUGUUAUUUGGGUAGUCAUUUCCCUAAGCCUUUUGUGAAUAUUAUUGGGGGAACUGGUAAGAUAUGUCUGGUCCAGAUUAAUCUGUCCACUUUACUGUGUUCUAAUAUGUGAUAUGCCAGCUUCCUGCUCCUGACAGUUUUGUGCAUAAAGAAACCCCCAACUAAAAAAACCUUGAAACUUAGUGAAAGAUUGUCACAAAUGCAGGUUGAUGAAUGAACUAAAUAGAUAAAAGUGAAAUGCAGAAAGCACUGUCUGCUCUGGGUAGUGCACUUACACAAGCACAGGAGUUUAAGAACUUCAGUCCUUUAGUAAAACCACCAUUUGCCUCACUCAAAAUACUGCUCUGACUCAUCCCUCUUGGUGCUUCUAAAUCAUAAAGAGAACCUGUUUGCAACAUAAAUGCAUUAAAACCUAUAGUAACUUAUAUAAGGAAGGAAGAACCUAGCUGUGUUUAUGGAUUUCUGUUUUACUGUCUUUGGUUGCUUGAGCCUUCUGAAUUACUUAACUGUGUGAAUAAGAUGGAUUUAUGCCAACUACCGCUUCAAUGGAAGUGAAAAUUCUUGCUCUGGAAUGUUGCAGUUGUAUUUGUGCUAUUGAGCAAAAUGUAAAUUGGGAACUAGGUUGACUUCAGAAAAAGCAGCUUCUGUUAAUGUUACGUGAGAGUCCUUUGAGCUAGCAUAUGUAGAAGACAAACUAUAAGAAUUUUAUAACAACUCUAUUCUGAAAGAAUAUUGGAGGGCAAUUUUUUAGUCAAGAAAAGGUUUCUCCAAAUACAUUAACUGGGUACAGAGACUAAAAAGAGACUAUAUUAUUUCACAUUUUUGGUUCAUGAUUUGCCUAAGUAUGGAAAGGUACUCUUGAAAUGGCAUUUUGGAAAUGAAACCUUAAUAUGCUUUGCAGUUGUAUUUUGUGGCUCUAAACAGCUUGUUCCCCACAUAUCUUCAUUUUUCUUACUGCAAACUAUAGAUUUUUAGUUGUAGCAAUUCAAGAUACAUUUUUCAGCUAGGCAUGCUAAGCUAGCUGGGAAUGAAGGUUUUGGGAGUAUUGGAUAGAAUAGUGAGUAGUGAGGCCUGACUUGGUAUAGACUUUUACAGCAACAUCUCUACAAGUGUGGCCAGCUCUAAAACACUUGUAGGUGUGGGCCAGGUGGUGGUUCUGCUCAGUUACCAAAGCUGUCUGGUUCUGCCUCUUCUUCCACCUUCCCAAGUCCAUAGUGCAGCCUGUUGCAUGGACAGGUAAUACUCAGGAAGCUGCAUGUUUUGUUGUAGUCAGUGAUCUUUUUUGAUUGCUCAGAUAUCUGAUUUAGCCAUAAGGGUGUUUAUGGAGCUGGGAUUAAUCCCUUUGUCAGCAGUAGCUGACUGCAAGUGAGUCCAAGCUGAAUCAUCUCCCUUAGGAAAGUCAUAUGCAGAGUGGGAAAGGGUGGCCACGAAGAAAUGAGUCACAACCCAGGCUGAAGGACAAGAAGCAUGGGGCCAGCUGGGUGGGUGUGAGAUUUUUUUUUUUUUUAAGAGAAGUCUGAUCUCAAAAAGCCUGUGAAUCUCAGGGUCAUAUACUGCUAAAGUUUUGUGGGACUCUUUCAUCUACUGUGAAUUUAAUGUAGAAAAAUCACUCAACCUAGACAUGGUUAUUGGCUUUUUAAGUUAAGGUUAAUGCCGGAUUCUUUCUAUAAUAGCUGUACUGAGGGUUGUUUCAAUUACAUGUGACAAUGAACGUGGGUUUUAAAACAUGAAUGUAAAUAUCUCAAUAAAAGUUCUUGUCCCUUUUAGUAAUGUGAAAAUGCUGUCGAAAGGAAACUAGAAAAGUCUUGCCUAGUAGCAAAAUGGAUUGUCUGGUUUUUGUAAAUGUUGUUUUAUAAAUUACAGCUAUGUAAAUCCUUCCUGGAGAAAUUAUUAUUGAAAUUGAAUGUUAAAAUAGUUUCACUUUUUAAAGCAGUUUCUUUUCCUCAAGAAGAAAAAAAGUUUCCUUGUUCCACAUCUAAUACAACUUUUAAAUUGGCAAAAUUAUCAGUCGUUCUGGAUAAAUUUUUUCUUCCCACUGCUUGCA